CACGAGUCUUUCAGCUCUGCUUUUUACAUCUUUUUUCCUCGGUUCAGGGAGUAGAGUUGCUACACAGGGAGAAUCGUAACUAUGGAUGCUAUACAAGCUGCAAAUACGGCUUUUGCGGUUGAUCUAUUCAAAAAACUGUGUGAAAUGGACAAAACUGCUAAUAUUAUUUUUGCUCCACUUUGCACAUCAACCUCUCUUGCUCUAGCAUAUAAAGCAGCUAAGGGUGACACAGCAACCCAAAUGAAACAGGGACUUCAUCUAGAAGAUGUCAAAGAUAUUCCAUUUGGAUUCCAGACAAUAACAUCUGAUGCUUCCAAACUUAGCUCAUUUUAUUCAUUAAAAAUGGUUAAGCGGCUCUAUGUAGAAAAAUCUCUUAAUCCUACUAUGGAAUUUAUCAGUUCUGUCAAAAGACCCUUUCCAUCAGAAUUUGAAGUAGCAGAUUUUAAAGACAAAGCAGAAGACACCAGGCUGCAAAUCAACAAAUCUGUUUCUGAUCUUACUGAUGGUAAAAUGGAGAACAUUUUAAUUGAGGAGAGUGUCAAUGACCAGACCAAGAUUGUACUGAUAAAUGCAGCCUAUUUUAUAACAAACUGGAUGAAGAAGUUUCCUGUGGAGCAAACCAAGGAAUGUCCGUUCAGAAUAAGCAAGACGGAAAGCAAACCUGUGCAGAUGAUGAAUUUGGAAGCUACAUUAUGCCUGGGCUACAUAAAUGAUUUAAAAACCAAGAUUCUGGAAGUCCCAUGUCAUAAUAAACAUAUAAGCAUGCUUAUCUUACUACCUCAAGAUCUAGAGGAUGAUACAACUGGAUUGGAGCAGCUUGAGAAGGAGCUCACCCCUGAGAAGCUGGUACAGUGGACCAAUCCUAGUGUGAUGGCAAACAGUAGAGUUAAUGUGUUUCUCCCCAAAUUCAAAGUGGAAAGUGAAUAUGACUUCAAACCCAUUUUAGAAAGCCUUGGUAUGACUCACAUGUUCGAUGAGAAUGCAUCAGAUUUCUCUGAAAUGUCAGAGUCCAAAGGCAUUGUUCUGUCUAAGGUAAUUCACAAAGUCUUUCUGGAAGUAACUGAAGAAGGAGCAGAGUCUCGAGAUGUUCCUGGAUACCGGAUCCUACAACACAAAGAUGAAUUUAAUGCUAAUCAUCCUUUUCUUUACUUCUUUAAGCACAACAAAACUCGCAGUAUUGUAUUUGCUGGUAGAUUCUGUUCUCCUUAAACACAACUGCCCAUUAAAAAAAAAAGCUGUUAUCACCAUUUUCUGUAAACUGUUGGGUAUGACAUAUUUAAAGGUAGUCUAAGCAAUUUCUCCUGUUCAUGAAGUUGUAUAAUU